AUGGAUCAUUUCAAAGAAAAAUUCAGAUAUUAUAAUUCCCUAGCCGACAAAGAAUUAGCAAAAUAUCCACAAGUAAAUAAGUUGGAACAAACAACUGGAGUUCCAAAAACUUACCUUGCAGCUGGCGUUUUAAGCAUUGUAUCUAUUUUGAUAUUUUUCAAUUUUUGGGGGGAAUUACUCUCUAACCUCAUCGGAUGGCUUUAUCCUGCUUAUGCUUCUUUCAAAGCCGUUGAAAGUGCAGAGAAAACCGACGAUACUCAAUGGUUAACUUAUUGGAGUGUAUUUGGAUUUGUUAAUAUGAUUGAAUUCUUUUCUGAUCUCAUUCUCCACUGGGAAUGGAAAUCUCAUGGUUAG